AUGUCAACAACGUCAACGUCAACCCAAACAACACCCAAACUAUCUCCAAAUUGUACAUCUAUACGAUAUAGAAAUGACUUGUCAAAUUACUUAAAACCAAGAAGUGGCUCCGGUUCACUUACAAGUUCAAAUAUCAAUUUAAACAACAACUCAGGCUUCAACUCCAACAUAACUUUCAACAAUAGUCCCAAUAAUAAUUCAAAUGCAAAUAGAUCAGAAAGUUCCAACCCAAAAGCCACAAAUCUUGAUCAAUCGAGAAACGAGGAUUCACAAAUGAAUCAAAGUCCAAUACUAACAAGAGACUUAUCCUCGUUGAAGAGAAAAGGAAGUUUGAGUAUAAGUCCAAAAACUAGAUCACCAAAUGAUAUAGAUCCAUUCCUUAAACAAUAUUUGAAGACUUCGAAUUCAAAAUCAAAUUAUUUCUUGAAUAAUUUGAAUGAAAAGAAAGAUCUUGAAAAAUACAAAAAGAACAUUAUCUUGAUAAAACCAAGGAAAUCUUUAAGUUUUUCAAAAAAGUCUUCAUCCCCAGUUCAACACAAAGAUCAAACAACCACAAAGAAAUAUGACAGUCAUUAUAACCUCAUAAAGAGAACUUCUUCACCCAAAAUACACACUGUUAAAAAGAUUAGGAAUAUGCAGGAUGAUUCUUUCAAGUUCUUGCCCAAAGAUUUUGUUAAUUGUAGUUUAGAUGAUUUGAUAAUGUUGGUUUCAAGAAUGUUAACCAAUUUGAUCGAAUUAAAUGAUAAAAUGGUUCCUAAGGAUCAAAUCAAUCAAGAAGGUGAUAAAUCAGGAAAAGAUAAGAAAACUUCAUUAACAAGAUACCAUUCAAGAACUCCACCUAAUAUCUCACCAAUCAAUUAUUUAACGAGAUUGUCAAAAUUUAAUAAUUUUUCCAAUGCAACUUUAUUGACUACCAUCUAUUAUAUUGAUUUAUUGUCAUUCAAUUAUCAGCCAUUUUUCACAUUGAACUCUUGGACUGUUCACCGUUUCUUAUUGAUAGCAACCAUGACAUGUCAGAAGUCAAUGGAAGAUUUCUUCUUCACAAAUGAUCAUUACGCCAAAGUCGGUGGGGUCAACUUGAAUGAAUUGAAUUGUUUGGAAUUGGACUUCUUAAACAGAAUUGAUUGGAAAUGUGUACCAACCAAGAACAUCGAUGGUAAACAUUCUAUCAAAUAUUCAAAGAAUGUCUUAGAUUUAUACUACUUACAGUUGGUUGAAUUGGUGGGUAAAAAUCCCUCAAUAAGUAAUGUUGUGUAUUCUUUUACUGAAGGAGAUGAUAAUUUGCAGAACGAUAAUAGGCAACAGAUGAUGAAAGAUGUAAAUAAUGAAAUUGAUCUUGAUGACGAUGAAAUGGAUUCGGAUUUUGACUCAGAUGAUGAAUUGGGAGAUUUGGAGGUCAUUGACAAAACAAAAUACAACAAAAAAGGUUUUAGUGUUGACGGAUCUUCUUCACCUCAUUUGAAGAGGAGAUAUGAAAAUUUAUAA